CACCGCAGCUACGCGAGGCCGGGGAUCGGGAGGGACCCGCAGGCCGCGCCCCCGACCCCGGCCUGGCCCGGCCCAGCCCCGGCUCUGGCCCGGCCGCGGAGGAGGAGGACUAACAGGGGGAGGAGUCGGAGUAAAGGGCAGCUAGCAAGGAAGCCAAAGGGGAAGGCGACCCCCGGACCCUCGGCAGGCCCAGAAGUAUUCGUCGUGGGCGCCAAGUUCUCCCUGCUCUCCCUGCCGGCCCAGCCACUGGUUAAGGAAUUGUUGCCAGUCAGCUGCAGGGCACUGUCUGGUGCUUGCAUGUCCUUUUGGUCAGUGACUUGAGAGUUAGCUUAGUAAAGAACUUUUUGCUAUGCCUCCGAUGUCAAAAGAGAUUUAGCUCCUGACCGAGGCUGCUGCCUCCGCCUCCACGUGGCCGAUUCUUUCUGUGUGUUGUCACCUCAAGCGGGAAACUGAAGCCGUUACUGUCCAAACCCUGUUUCCUUUUCCCAAGCAUGUCAGAGAGCUGGCAGCAGCAGCCUCCCCCGCCGGCCCCUCCGCAGCAGCCCCCGCCUCCCCCGCAGCAGCAGCAGCAGCAGCACCAUGCCGAGCCCCCGCCCGCCCUGGCGGAGCACUCGAUCCCCCCGAGCGCAGCCGAGAACCCGCUGGGCUGCGCCGUCUACGGCAUCCUCCUGCAGCCCGACCCCAACUUGCAGCACCACCAGCACCCACCCCUGCAGGCCCCCGCGGAGCCGUCCCCCAAGUGCGGCGUGUGCGGACAUGACUUGACCCACCUCUCCAGCCCCCACGAGCACCAGUGCCUGCCCGGCCACGACCGCUCCUUUCAGUGCACUCAGUGCCUGAAGAUCUUCCACCAGGCCACGGACCUGCUGGAGCACCAGUGCAUCCAGGUGGAGCAGAAGCCCUUCGUCUGCGGCGUGUGCAAGAUGGGCUUCUCGCUGCUCACCUCCUUGGCCCAGCACCACAACGUGCACAGCGGGAGCGUGAUGAAGUGCUCCAUCUGCGAGAAGACCUACAAGCCGCCGGAGCCCGCGCAGCCGGCGCCCGCGCCCGAGCCCGUGGAGAAGCCCUACAGCUGCUCCAUCUGCCAGAAGCCUUUCAAGCACCUGUCAGAACUGUCGCGGCACGAGCGCAUCCACACGGGCGAGAAGCCCUACAAGUGCACGCUGUGCGACAAGAGCUUCAGCCAGUCGUCCCACCUGGUGCACCACAAGCGCACGCACAGCUCGGAGAGGCCCUACAAGUGCACCGUGUGCGAGAAGACCUUCAAGCACCGCUCGCACCUGGUGCGCCACAUGUACGCGCACUCCGGGGAGCAUCUCUUCAAGUGCCCGGCCUGCGAGCUGCACUUCCGCGAGUCCUCGGAGCUGCUGCAGCACGCGUGCACUCCCAGCGGCGAGCGGCCCUUCCGCUGCGGCGAGUGCCAGAAGGCCUUCCGGCGGCCCUCCGACCUGCGGCAGCACGAGCGCACGCACAGCGAGGAGCGGCCCUUCCAGUGCGACCUGUGCCAGAUGAGCUUUAAGCAGCAGUAUGCGCUGCUGCGCCACCGGCGCACGCACAAGGCCCCCAGCACCCCCACGGAGCCCUUCAAGUGCGCCCUGUGUGAGAAGGGCUUCUCCCAGCCCGGCCACCUGGUCUACCACCAGCACGUGCACAGCCUCGAGAGCAUCUUCAAGUGCGGCGUCUGCCAGAAGGGCUUCGACCAGUCCUCGGAGCUGCUGCGCCACAAGUGCGCCCAGAGCGCCGAGCGCCCCUUCAAGUGCACUGUCUGCGCCAAGGCCUACAAGCGCGCCUCGGCCCUGCAGAAGCACCAGCUGGCCCACUGCGCCGAGAAGCCCCUGCGCUGCACGCUCUGCGAGCGCCGCUUCUUCUCCUCCUCGGAGUUCGUGCAGCACCGCUGCGACCCCGCGCGCGAGAAGCCCCUCAAGUGCCCCGACUGCGACAAGCGCUUCAAGUACGCCUCGGACCUGCAGCGGCACCGGCGGGUGCACACGGGCGAGAAGCCCUACAAGUGCCCCUCGUGCGACAAGGCUUUCAAGCAGCGCGAGCACCUCAACAAGCACCACAGCGUGCACGCCCGUGAGCAGCAGUACAAGUGCAUGUGGUGCGGGGAGCGCUUCCUGGACUUGGGGCUGCUGCAGGAGCACAGCACCCAGCACACCGCCGAGGGGGCCUACCAGGUGGCCGCCUGUCUGCCCUGAGGGGCCCUUGUCUCUGGGCUGCCCCCCAGGCCUUGCGUGUGACCGCAGUCGUCUGCAGCGCACAGUGUCUUCACUGAGGUGUCCAUUAAACCACUGUGCUGUGGCAGGAGGAUCCGCCUUCGCUCCCUCCCGAUCCGUGGCUCAGAGCCUGAGCUGACCUGGGCAGGGGGGCCUCAGCAAGCGUCCCCCCUCCCUAGAAAGAGGUUUGCAGCCUUUUAGUGGCACUGGCCCUUUGAGGGUCCAUUUGCCCCCUCUCUGUGAGAGAAAUUCAGAGCCACACCAGAUUAGAAACCGGUUUUUCCCUCUUCCCCGGGCCCCAAAAGUGGAGGAUCAGCUCGCCAGGCCCUUCCUGACUUUUUUCACCUGAAAUAGAAAUGAAACAGAGCCAUGAGGAAUAGUUAUGUGGCACAUGAGAAAUCCGCCACGGCCCUUGCUCACCUGGGCGGUGGGUUAGGGUGUGUCCCAGAGCUGCCCCGUCCAUGGCUGGGCCGCCUCUUACUCUCUUCAGCUCUAGAAGGAGGAAGCACUCGGCCUGUGGAGAUCAGUCCUACCAGAGCCUGGUGACCUUCCUUUGGAGUUGUCACAAGGACGCUGUUUUAACCAUUUGUUCAAAUAGGAAACAAGACAAAAGCUUCCUUAGCGUUGGGAGAAAAGGACUGAGAGCUUUUCCUGAUGGAGGAGGAAGCCUAUCUUCUGUGAGGGUUCAAAGAUCAAUUUCCCUAUUUUAAGGGCAGCUUCAUCUCCUGCCACUUUGGGGUUGCUUAGCACUUCACAACAUGCCAUCUUAAAGUGGCAGACCUUUGCAGGGCAGGACCACUGGGUAUGAUGACCAGAACACGUGGACAUCCAAGGGCAGAAUGUCACCAAUGACUUUUUGUUUUUGUUUUUCUUUCUUAGCAGGGGCAUCAGGUCUCCUGCCCCUUUCUUAUUUAAAUAAUAAUGUGAGGAGGCUUCUAGUCAGAUUGAACGGGUGGGAGCUAAGCUUCCCCCAACACCUGUCCUCAUGGUCGAGACCAGGUUUGGUCUUGUAGGUUUGGAGUUACGGGGAAGGGCAAACUUUUGAAGGAGAGUCUGGUCGAGGGAUCAGGAGUGAGUGCUGUCCCUGGGUAGUCCUUCUGUCACUUGACCCCUUCUUUCCUCUCCAUGUGAAUGAUUGUAUUGAGUUGUGACAAGAGGAGCAUUCCAUAGCCAGCAGCCUGGGUGGCCCGAUUUGUCACAAGACAAGGAUGCUUCAUUCGGGUCUGGACGCCUCCUGGGUCAGAGAGGUGAUUCCUGGCGUUUACUCUGGCUGCUUGUGGGGCAUUUUGAGUCUUGGGGAGGGGGUGAGGGAGGGAAGGGGGUAGAGGCGGGGCAGGAGUAGAAGAAGGGGAAAUGGAUAUUUAAAUGGAACAAAGACAAAUAACCAACCUGAAAACCGCCUGGCCAGAGCCGGUCCCAUGCAUGCUUCCUGCCAUAUUUAAUGGUAAGGUAGACCUCUCAGCUUCUCUUCAGAAACCAUUUGUUCAGACUGACUGAUUAGCAAUGAAGCUGGGCCUAUUUGUGCCCCCAACAAAAUACUAGGAAAUUUGGUGCAAACUGGGAGAGAGACUAAAUGUUUAUUUUUAAAUCAGCAUCCCACUCUCUUCACUCCCACUCUACCUGUCCGUGGUCCUGACACUUGAAAGGGGACUGCAAGCAAUUUUGAUCAAGGUGUCCAGUGGAGCUGUUCUCACGCUCAGCUUUAGGGAGUGUAAAAGGAAACAGUUCUCCUCUUCCUCUCCAUGAACCCCACUUUCAGGCCAGCCCUUGGGGGGGGGGGGCUUCUCCUUUCCACAUGACUGUUAAGCUCUUUGUACUUUAAGCUGCCUCAAGAGAUGUAGAACCUGACCUUACAAAAGUUGCUGUCUGCUAUUUUUCAUUUUGCUUUCUAAAAGCAGUUUGUUAAUAUUCACAAAGUUGUAUAGUUUAAUUUCAUGUCAUUUUGGAUCUUCUAUAAAAAAGACAUACAAAAAAAGAA